CAUUAGAGAAACACGGACUCUACAAGUGGUCGUUUUAUAUAAUCUAUCAGUUGUCAGAAUCACGUCCGUGACGUCACAGAUCACUCAACUUUUUAUAUCGAACGUCUGUACUAGUUCUUACAAACCGCCGUUUUCUAAAGACAGUUGAAGUUCAGCAUGGCAGCAAAUACGUGGCUAGUCUUCUCGUUCCUGUUUAUACUCGCCGAGGGUAGAUAUCACGAAGUCCAGAAAGAUGAACGACAAGCACCAUCUCCUGGCGAUACAAACCAAGGGUGCCACGACGUUAUCCCAAACUGUCAGGAUUACAUUGACCACGACUCCACCAUCUGUAGCUCGGACUCUCCGUACUUUGACUGGACAACAACGCAUUGCCAAGCCUCCUGUGCUGUCUGUCAAGGUGGACCUACCACUACACCACCUCCCUGCUUAGAUGAAUUGGACUACUGCGACACAUUCGACAUACCCAAGGCAUGCCUCGACUUUCCUAAGUGGGCCUCCCAGAAAUGUAGACAGACGUGUGGUAUCUGCCAAGGCGGGCCAACCACAACUCAGCCCCUGUGUGUCGACACUCUGAACACGUGUAGUUCAUUUCAUAUUCCACAUGAUUGUAUGGCCUACCCGAAAUGGGCCGCGGAAAAAUGUAGAAACACAUGCAAAGUAUGCCAAAUUUUAGAACCACCCACAGUAAGACCUCCUAGUCUGGGGAAGAAGUAAUGUCAAAAUUCGAUCACUUUUCUUAUGUGUAACAUUAUUGUUCGAUCACUAUUAAAUCAUAAUUAUAAUUUGA